AUGAAUAAUUUUUCUCGUUUUGGCAAGAAAUCAGAGGUUUUCUUUAGCUUUUCUUGUUUCUACCAAUCGUUCUCUUGUCGAAAUCGCUCGUUUUUUCGUUUCUUCCUUUUCCAUGUCCACCCUUUUUGGAUCCAGCUCAGUUACUUCAUAAUUGUCUCUUUUUUUGGUCAUCUAGCUUUGAUGGUCUCAAAGCCAAGAACUGCUUGGUUUAGGCCUAAGGACUUUGACAUGUUCUUCACGUCCGUCUCUGCCACCACAGUUUCAAGCAUGUCAACAAUCGAAAUGGAGGUUUUUUCCCACACCCAACUCAUUAUUAUGACAAUCUUAAUGUUUGUUGGUGGAGAGGUAUUCACUUCCUUUCUUGGACUCCAAUUUGCAAGGUCCAAGUUCCUCAAAAAUUGUCCAAGUAGUGACCAAAACAGUGUCACUCUGGUUAACCUCAAUCACAGUGUUCCAAAAUGUACAAAUCCUGUCAAUCAAAUUGAGCUUGACUUAGAAAAAGAGAAACCUGAAACCAAUACUCUUGAUGAGAAUGGAAAUAAAUGCUUGGGUUUUGACAGUCUUAAGUAUAGCUCUAUCAAGUUUUUGGGAUAUGUGGUUUUGGGUUAUCUAUUUGUGGUUCAUCUAAUUGGUUCUACUCUUGUUUCAUUAUAUAUAAGUCUUUUUCCAAGUGCAAGGAAGGUACUCAAAGACAAGGGCCUAGAAACACUGACCUUUUCUGUCUUCACAACUGUUUCUAGCUUCACAAAUUGUGGUUUUGUCCCAACAAAUGAGAACAUGAUAGUUUUCAAGAAGAAUUCAGGUCUCCUACUACUUCUCAUUCCACAAAUCCUCAUGGGGAACACUUUGUAUCCCCCAUGCUUGUUAUUCCUGAUCUGGGUCUUAAAGAAAACAACUAAAAGAGAGGAAUUCAGAUACAUAUUGAUGAAUUAUGGAGACAUGGGCUAUGGUCAUUUGCUCUCUGGUCCUCACGCUUUGCUUCUGGCUAUGACUGUCUUCGGCUUCAUAUUGAUACAGUUUUUACUGCUUUGCUCCAUGGAGUGGAGUUCACAAGUCAUGGAUGGUCUGAAUUCGUAUCAGAAAAUCAUUGGCUCGUUGUUUCAAACUGUGAACUCGCGGCACACUGGUGAAUCAGUCUUUGAUCUCUCCACCAUCUCCUCAGCAAUUCUGGUUCUCUUCGUAGUAAUGAUGUAUCUCCCUCCGUGUACUACGUUCAUUCCACCAAAACUUCAUGAGAAGGUCUCAGAUAAUGGGAAACAAAGUCGAAAGAAGACUUUUAUGGAGUGUCUGAUCUUCUCACAACUCUCCUAUUUAGUCAUUUUCAUUAUUCUCAUAUGUAUCACAGAGAGACAGAAAAUGAAAGAAGACCCCCUCAACUUUAAUGUUUUGAAUGUCACCGUAGAAGUUAUAAGUGCGUACGGGAAUGUUGGGUUCACAACUGGGUACAGUUGCAAACGGCAAUUGAAACCAGAUAGCCUCUGUAUAGACACAUGGUACGGAUUCGUGGGAAGGUGGAGUACAAUGGGAAAAUCCAUCCUCAUCAUUGUCAUGUUCUUUGGAAGGCUUAAAAAAUUCAGUAUGAAAGGUGGUCAAGCUUGGAACCUAUCUUAA